AUGGACUUCUGGCUAGAGCCAUUCACUUAUUGGCAUUCUCUAGACCGCAUCAAGAGCUUUGGCCGCUGUGAGGCGCGCCUACGCUCAGCACGUGCGCAGGUAGGCAAGAUUAAUCCUUCGCCAGCGCCCACUCACGCACCUAUGUGCAACUUCAAGACAGAAGAAAAGGCAGAUGCGAGGGCUCAGCACUAA